AUGUCAAAAGAAGAACAUGUAGACCAUUUGGUUACAGUAUUACAACUGCUGAAAGAACAUGGGCUUUAUACGAAUAAGAAGUGUAGUUUUGGACAGACUUCAGUUGAGUAUUUGGGCCAUAUAAUCUUGCACAAGGGGGUAGCUGCUGAUAAAUCGAAGGUGCAAGCAAUGAUUGAUUGGACCACACCAAAGACGGUCAAGGAGUUGAAAGGGUUUUUGGGUCUAACGGGUUACUAUCGACAUUUUAUGCAGGGGUAUGGGCGGAUAGCAUGGCCUUUAACACAACUAUUAAAGAAAGAUGGGUUCGAGUGGGGGGUAGCAGCGGAUGAAGCUUUUAAGAUUUUGAAGAAGGCAAUGGUUUCGGUGCCGGUGUUGGCACUGCCUGAUUUUACCAAGGUUUUUGUAGUGGAAUCUAAUGCAUAUGGUUAUGCCUUGGGUUGUCUUGAUGCAAGAGAACCAUCCUAUUGCAUAUUUUAG